UUUCCUCCUCAUUGCCCAAGAUAAUCCGCAACCCAGAGCAACUUCAGCACAAACAGAAGAUGAUUGAAAGUGGAAUUACAUCCAGCAGGAUGUCAGGAAUUCAUGAAAACCCUGAACAAAAUCACCACACCUCUGCACAAGACUACAGACUUUUGACUACAGACACGUCGCAGCUGAAGGACGAGCUUCCUGGUGAUCUUCAGUCCCUGUCCUGGCUCACCUCUGUGGAUGUUCCCCGGCUUCAGCAGAUAAGGGGUGGGCGACCAGACUUCAGCAACUCUGCUCAGAACAGCCUACUAGAGCAACAGACAGCUCAACUGAAUAGCAUGACAGCAGCAGGAGGAGCAGGAUCUGCCAUUCAUCUACAAAGUGAAAUGCAGCAUAGCCCUCUGGCCAUCAACAGCAUGCCCCAAUUUUCCCCUGGGUAUCCUUGUGCUGCAUCAGUGUACCAAGCCGUGCCUCAACAAGUGCUCACUUUCACUCAGGCAAACCAACAGUGUUCUCCAGGUGGACUUUAUGGCAACUACAACAGUCAGGGUUUGUUCUCUCAACCUCGCAUUGCUGCUCACAACCAAGACCUGCAGCCGAAGACUUUCCCAAAACCCAUCUACUCAUACAGCUGUCUGAUUGCCAUGGCUUUGAAGAACAGCAAGACAGGCAGCCUUCCUGUUAGUGAGAUUUACAGCUUUAUGAAAGAGCACUUCCCUUAUUUCAAGACAGCACCUGAUGGAUGGAAGAACUCUGUACGUCACAACCUGUCCCUGAAUAAGUGCUUUGAGAAGGUGGAGAACAAGAUGAGUGGUUCCUCCAGGAAGGGUUGCCUAUGGGCACUCAACCCUGCAAAGAUUGACAAAAUGGAGGAGGAGAUGCAAAAAUGGAAACGCAAAGAUCUUCCCGCCAUCCGCCGCAGCAUGGCCAAUCCAGAUGAAUUAGACAAACUCAUUACAGACAGACCAGAGUGCUGCAGACAGAAGCCUGUUGAUACUGGCAUGACUCGUUUGCCCAGCUGUCCCCCAGGCCAAACUCUCCCCGUACCAGCUCAGCUGCAGCACCAGCCAGUGGUCACUUUGUCUCUGCAGUGCCUCCCGAUGCACCAGCACUUUCAACUGCAGCUUCAGAAUCAGUCUCGCUUGACUCCCACCUCCCCGGCCCCUGCUCAGACACCACCUCUUCACACAGUCCCUGACCUGACAAACAGCUCCCUGCCCCAGCACCUUGCCAAGCAGACCAGUGAUUUCUACACCAUUCACACUGAUGUGAAUUCAGAGGUGGACGCACUAGACCCAAGUAUUAUGGACUUUUCCUGGCAAGGAAAUCUUUGGGAGGAGAUGAAAGAUGACAGCUUUAACCUAGAAGCGUUAGGGACACUCAGCAACUCGCCACUUCGGCUGUCUGACUGUGACUUGGACACUGGCAAUGCCACACCUGUGUCCACUGCAGGAGGAUUGGCCUACCCAGACCUGCAGGUGACAGGCCUCUAUUCCUCAUACUCGGCCGUGGAUGCCCUUUCUAACCAGUACCACAUGAACACACAAGGAGGAACUAAGCCUAUUGUUUUGCUUUAAUUCCACCCACAAGAAAUUAAGCAAGCCAAGCUUUACUGCAGAGGACCAUCCAUAACAUUUUGGUUGAAGCUUUUCAGUCCUAGAUUUCGUUGUGUGUCAUGGACUCCAAAAAAGAUUCCCUGCAAUGCAAAUUUCUUCCAAGGCAGAAACGCACAAUCCAGAAAAGUUUUUUGAAAUGAUUGCAGAGAAACGACAUCAAAGUGGCAACAAACUGAAAUCCUAAACUGAAAUUAAUAGUGUUUAUUGUAAUGUAACUUUAACAAUGAGUGACUUUGUUCAGAGGCAGAUGUUACAGCUGGGUAACAGCAUUGUCUUUAUACAUGAACUACUCAUGUGGAAUUUAAGGGACCAAAUCAGCCAUUAAGUUUUACUACAAUUUGCAGUGUGAGAGAAUGUGACUCACAAGGUGUUGAAUGAUUUUUUACAACAGUCCAGUGCAGAUUGUUGUACUGGCAUUGUUACCAAACAUCAUUAUUACUAACUACAUUGUUGCUCUCCUAAUAAACAAUCCAAAUUACACACAACACUAAAGGAACAGGGAAAAUAAUGGGAAUUAUGAUUUUGGGUGGGUUGCCAAGCUGUACCAUAUAAGAAACUUGUUUUUUAUUUUGUCCAUUUAACUGUUAGCCUUGUCAUUUUAGUUGUGUGUCUUUUGUUGUACUGUGAUAGGCA